UGUGCUCUGAGCUCCUAGACUGAGGACUUUCACAAUGUGGUGGUAACACCGUGAGCUAGAAAGGCGUCAUGGCGUUGUGUUCCACAGAACCCAAAGUGCCCUUCUCCCUGGAGCCCUACCACGUCUCCACCGAGCUGGGCUUUGUCCUCCCAGCACCACUGCAAGAGCUGCCAGAGUAUUACCGACCAUGGAUGGAAAUCGCCUUCCAAGUCUCAGAUCUGGUACAGUCCCACACGCUGCGUUCACGCAUUGACAAGAUGCCCCUGCUCAGCACUGAGUACCUGCAGAGCCACCGGGAGCUGCGCCUGGCUCACCUAGCGCUCAGUGCUAUGACCAUGGGCUACGUGUGGCAGGAGGGGGAGGAGGGCACCAUUCAGAAGCUGCCCCGGACCCUGGCUGUUCCUUUCUGGGAGGUGUCCCGGAGCCUGGGGCUGCCCCCCAUCCUCACCCACGCAGACGCCGUGCUGGCCAACUGGAGGAAGAAGGACUUGGAUGGAAACCUGGAGCUCCUGGUAAGCCUGCCCGGUGGAGACAGCGUCCGCGGCUUCUUCCUGGUCACUCUACUGGUGGAGCUGGCAGCAGUUCCAGCACUGAGGAGCAUUCCCGCCGUGGUGAACGGCGUGCGGCGGGGAGACGGCGAGGCGGUGGCGGACGCCCUGGAGGUCCUCCAGCAGUCCCUGCAGGAUAUGAGGGACACCCUCAAGCUGCUGCACGUGUACGUGGAGCCGUCCAUCUUCUAUGGCAUCAUGAGGAUUUAUCUCUCUGGGUGGAGGGACAACCCCUGCAUGCCGCGGGGCCUGGUGUACGAGGGCGUGGGGCCGGAGCCCGUGGAGCUCUCCGGGGGCAGUGCGGCUCAGAGCAGCCUGCUGCACUGCUUCGACCGGCUGCUGGGGGUGCAGCACGAGACAGACAGCGGACUCUUCCUGGCCCGUAUGAGGGACUACAUGCCCCCGGCCCACCGGCGUCUGAUCCAGGACCUCUCGGGGGAGCCCUCUCUGAGGGACUUCGUCCAGGGGGCCAGCCACGCCCGCCUGGGCCGCGCCUUCGAGCAGUGUUUGAGCCGGCUGGUGUCCCUGCGGAGCGACCACAUCAACGUGGUCGGCCGCUUCAUCAGCGUCCCCGCCGGACGGGCCCGCCGGCUCCGCUCCCAGGGCCGCACCCCGGGAGGGCCCCUGAGCCAGGCGCCCGUGGCCCUGGAGGAGAGGGGCACCGGGGGCUCGGGCAUCAUGACCUUCCUGAAGACGGUGAGGGACCGCACCAGAGACGCCAGACUGCCGGGGAGCAGCGAGGUGCCGGAGGAGCAGGGAGACGGCUGUGAUCCGGACUGACUUUGAGGCGGAGCUGGACCAGGGAGACGGCUGUGAUCCGGACUGACUUUGAGGCGGAGCUGGACCAGGGAGACGGCUGUGAUCUGGACUGACUUUGAGGUCCUGCAGGUGCUGCAGGAGGCACUAGGGUCUGACUGCAGUCUGACUGCAGUUUGUUAGAAAGGCCAAAGCAUGCGUCUCUGUUAGUGAGAGCAACGUGCUGGGAUCUGUUAGGGUGAACUCUACCAGACCAUUUGGAUUUUAGCCGCGGGUAAUUAUUUAAUUCCUUUUAGUUUUGAUUUCAUUAAUAUGAUUAAUAUUUCCGGAAAGCUGUUGUUGUUGUUAUCAUCCAUCGUAUCAUAUCUUUCAUCUUCUGUUUUUGUUCAUUUGUGUAACAGUAUUAGUCCUUAAGUGACAGAUGUGUACGUCCCUAUUGUGAAUAUAAUGAAUGCAUUAAAGCUACACACAGAAGCAGAACCUAAAA